UAAGGUUUUUUUUUUUUCUUUUCAAAAAAUCAAAUUUCUUAUUUCUCUAAAACCCUUGUCUUUCUUCGUCAAUUUCACUUGUAAUUAGUUGAACUGAAAGCGACUUUGAAAUAAAUGGCUGGUCAGCUUAUCAAAGAAUGGUCAGCUAUUCAGCAGUUUCCUUCAGCUACUCAGGAGAAGCUCGUUGACUUGUUGGGAAAAUUAAAGAACCAGAAUGUCAACACAUUGACGAUUCUCGUAAUGGGGAAAGGUGGCGUUGGGAAAUCAUCCACUGUUAAUUCCGUUAUAGGAGAACGAGUCGUCACUGUCAGUGCUUUCCAGUCCGAAACCCCAAGGCCCGUGAUGGUUUCGAGAUCGAGAUCAGGUUUUACGCUGAACAUAAUCGACACCCCGGGUCUUGUCGAAGGAGGAUACGUCAGUGACCAGGUCUUGGACACAAUUAAAAGCUCUUUGGGCAGGUUCCUUCUAAACAAGACCGUAGACGUUUUGCUCUACGUCGACCGUUUGGAUGCGUACAGAGUGGAUAACAUGGACAAACAGAUUGUGAAAGCGAUUUCCGAUAGUUUUGGCAAAGAGAUAUGGCAUAAAGCAGUCGUUGUACUUACGCAUGCUCAGCUUUCACCCCCCGAUGCAUUGACUUACGAAGAGUUCUUUUCUAAAAGAUGGGAAUCUCUUUUGAAAUGCAUCCGUCAAGGUGCUCGGAUAAACAAAAACGAAGCUCAGCAAUUUGCUAUUCCCGUUGCUUUGGUUGAGAACAGCGGGAGGUGUAACAAGAACGAACAUGAUGAAAAGAUCCUUCCAAUGGGUACUCCUUGGAUUCCGAAUUUGAUCCAUACAAUCACCGAUGUCACCUUAAACGGCAAAAGGGGCAUUCUCGUCGACCAAAAGUUGAUCGAAGGGCCAAAUGCAAACGACAGGGGAAAAAUUUACAUCCCUCUCAUCUUAGCGUUCCAGUUCUUGUUCAUUAUUAAACCGAUACAGAAGAUGAUCAAGGCUGACGUUGAAAGAGAAAACAAGCCUUCAUGGGCGUGAAUAUAAACCACCGAUCAUGUCAUAACGUCUUUUUCCCCUGUCUUGUUUAUCAUUCUUUGUGCCUUAUUUACCCUUUCGCCCGUUUUGCAUCAAUUUGUGGUGCAUCUGGUUUUCUCUUCUCUCUUAUAUACAUUAGCAGCAUUUGGGAAUGCUCGGCUGUAGAAUUUAAUUCGAUUUUAUUACCAGAGCUCUGUUUUUUCA